ACCUGAUCCGCUUCUUCGCUUUGCGUCUCUUUCUGCACGCCGAGCACCUGAGCGACCGGCCGCCCCGCGAUCACUCGAGUCGGCUUCCGAGCGACCCAGGCCGGGGAGCAGCAGCGGGAGGCGCCGCCGCUGAUUCACCUCCGGCGGCGGAGCGAAGACUUGGCCAGGGAUAGAGAGCUUGGCAGAGGACGAGAGUGGCGUCCCAGAGCUUGACGUCACCGUUUGUCAUCCUCUCUGCUGGUCCCCCGCUGAACCAAUCUUCAUUCUCCCUUUAGAACCUCCCUCCUCUUCCCUUCUUUUCCCUGUUUGUCCCUGGCAAACAUUUUGCCUCCUCUUUUCAUCCCCUCUUUGCACCUGCAUCGCCUUUCUUCUAUCUAUUCAUCACUCCUCUUUGCAAACUCUUCAUGGCGUCCAAACUGAGCCCCAACGUGCUGUACGUGAUGGAGCCCGGCGACUCGCUGGGGUCGACGCAACCUGACUCGGAAAGAACUCAUAUGGCUGGAGAAGCUGGAGAAGAGUCCUCAGACAGCGAUGGAGAACAAGAAGAGACCUCACAUAAGUUGAUCCGCAAAGUCUCAACCUCAGGGCAGAUAAGGGCCAAGAAAAGUGUGAAGGAGGGAAUCUUGUUAAAGCAGACGAGUUCCUUUCAGCGGUGGAAGAGGAGGUACUUCAAACUACGAGGGAGGACCCUCUACUAUGCCAAAGAUUGUAAGUCCUUGAUCUUUGAUGAGGUGGACCUAUCAGAUGCUAGCGUGGCUGAGACCAGCACCAAGAACAUCAACAACAGCUUCACAGUGAUCACUCCGUUUCGGAAGUUGAUGCUGUGUGCGGAGAGCAGGAAGGAAAUGGAGGACUGGAUAAGUGCUCUCAAAUCCGUUCAGAAAUGGGAAACGUAUGAGGCCAGUCAGUUUAACGUGGAGCAUUUCUCUGGGAUGCACAACUGGUACGCCUGCUCGCACGCCAGGCCAACCUUCUGCAACGUCUGCAGAGAGGCUCUGCCAGGCGUCACCUCCCACGGCCUGUCCUGUGAAGUUUGUAAGUUCAAGGCUCAUAAACGCUGCGCGGUCCGUUCUACCAACAAUUGCAAAUGGACCACGUUGGCCUCGAUAGGAAGUGACAUCAUUGAGGAUGAGGAUGGGGUGUCUAUGCCCCAUCAGUGGUUGGAAGGGAAUCUGCCCGUUAGUGCCAAAUGUGUGGUGUGCGACAGGAACUGUGGCAGCGUGCGGCGGUUGCAGGACUGGCGCUGCCUGUGGUGCAAAGCCAUUGUGCAUAACAGCUGUAAGGAACAAAUGGGGAAGGUGUGCCCGCUGGGACAGUGCAGAGUGUCAAUCAUCCCUCCUACUGCACUUAACAGCAUCGACUCAGACGGUUUCUGGAAGGCAACCUCAGCCUCCUGCGCCAGCCCUCUUCUAGUUCUGGUAAAUUCCAAAAGCGGUGACAACCAGGGCGUUAAGUUCCUCCGCAAGUUCAAGCAGCUCCUCAACCCAGCUCAAGUCUUUGACCUGAUGAAUGGAGGACCAGAACUUGGCCUACGCCUUUUCCAGAAGUUUGUGACAUUUCGUAUCCUGGUGUGUGGAGGAGAUGGCAGUGUGGGCUGGGUUCUCUCAGAACUGGACAAACUGAACAUUCAUAAGCAGUGUCAGCUUGGUGUGCUACCCCUGGGCACAGGGAACGAUCUGGCUCGUGUUCUCGGUUGGGGAGGCCUGUGCGAUGAUGAUGCCCAGCUACUUCAGAUCCUGGAGAAGCUGGAAAGAGCCACCACCAAAAUGCUAGACCGGUGGAGUGUGAUGACGUACGAGGUGCCUAACUCGAAUAAAAACACACCUAUAGUGAAAGAAGACGUCCUAGAUUGCCCUCUGCAGGUCCACAUUACUCAGUAUGCAGACUCCGUAGCCACCCACCUUGCCAAGAUCCUGGACUCGGACAAACACAGUGAUGUCAUUUCCUCUGCCAAGUUUCUGUGUGGCACCGUGAACAAUUUUGUAGCGGAGGUGGGGAAGGCGUACGAGAGAGCCACGGAGAACAAAGAGGAGGCAGAUGCCAUGGCCAGAAAGUGUGCACUGCUGAAUGAGAAGUUGGACUCCCUCGUCAAAGCCUUAAGUGAAGAAGCAGAGGCCCAGGUGGUACCAGCGGGCUCGGUACCCAGUCAGGAAGGCAGCAGCUCUGGCUCUAGCAGUGGCGACGGGGGCACAGAGGCCAAAACGUACCGGUCCAAGGAACAGCUGAUGCUCAGAGCCAACAGCCUGAAGAAAGCACUCAGGCAGAUCAUCGAGCAGGCUGAAAAAGUGGUGGACGAGCAGAACCGACACACUCAGCUCCACAGGAUAUCGUCCUCCAUUAAGCGGGAAAACGGUGAGGAGCUGAAGGACGCCGAGCUGCCUCAAACAAGCUCAAGUCCCAUGUCCCCCAUCGUCCUGGAGAAAAGCGACAAUGUCAGCACCGUGUCCUUCAGCGAGGACUCUGUACAAUGUUCGGAGAAAUGUGUGAUGAAUAACUACUUCGGCAUCGGCCUGGACGCCAAAAUCUCCCUGGAGUUCAACAACAAGAGAGAUGAGCACCCUAAAAAAUGCAGCAGUCGCACCAAGAACAUGAUGUGGUAUGGUGUUCUGGGAACCAAAGAGCUGGUCCAGAAGACCUACAAGAACCUGGAGCAGAGAGUAGAGCUGGAGUGUGAUGGAGUUCCCAUGUCUCUUCCAAGUCUCCAAGGUCUGGCAGUUCUGAACAUCCCGAGCUAUGCAGGCGGCAUUAACUUCUGGGGAGGCACCAAAGAGGAUAAUAACUUUGGAGCUCCCUCAUUUGAUGAUAAGAAGCUGGAGGUGGUUGCCGUGUUUGGCAGCAUGCAGAUGGCCAUGUCCAGAGUCAUCAACCUGCAGCACCAUCGCAUUGCACAGUGCCGCCAGGUGAAGCUCACCAUCCUGGGGGAGGAAGGGCUUCCUGUGCAGGUGGAUGGAGAGGCCUGGAUCCAGCCACCCGGCAUUGUCAAGAUUGUCCACAAGAACCGAGCGCAGAUGCUGACCCGAGACAGGGCGUUCGAGAGCACGCUCAAAUCAUGGGAGGACAAGAGGAAGAUCGACAACUACCGCGCCGCCAGGCCCCGCCUCAACUCCCAGCAGUCCAUGGAGUACCUGACGGAGGAGGAGUGUGCCCAGGUUCAGCAGCUGGGCAUUGUGGCUGACACACUCAUCACCAAGAUCCGUGAGACAGCAAAGACCCACAAGGUGGUGGAGCAGGAGCUGGCUCACGCCGUCAACGCUACCGCUCUGGUGCUCGCGGAGUCCUUCCCCUCCAAACCAUCGAGUCCCGAGGUUCUGAGUCGCAGUACGGCAGUGGAAAUCGUCAACAGCAGUAAAGUUCUGCAGGCGGAGACAAAGAUGCUGCUUGAUGGAAAGAUGCUGUUGGAGUCUCUGGAGGAACAUGAGUUGCGAUCAACACUGAACAGCCUCAGUGCUGAACUCCACAAGUUGGAGGACAUCCACUGGAUCUGUCCGCUCAUGCAGUGCUCCGAGGAGGACUCGACGAGGGGCAGCAGUAAGAGCAGCAUGAAGCUAAAGAUGAUACCCAAAGUGAAAAAGGAGAGAGAGAAGCUGCACAAACAGAAGUCCAACAGUUCUCUGUCAGGAGCUUUGGAUGUUAAAGGUGGGUGCGGUGAGGCAGAUUCUUCAGGUAACUGAAGGGGGCGCUGCAAAGUCGCUUUGCUGUUACUCUGUACCACGGGCGAGGAGCACCUUUCCUGUUCUCUCCUCUUAGAAAAGAGCCGUGACGUCUGCUGGCCUGUUGGAGGCGCAAGAUGUUUGGGGUGGGA